CCAGCACUUUUCCCAACUCUGGGUCCCAAGGGGCUCCACCUGCUGCUUAGUGGGGGCUUUCUCAUCACAGCUUCUUCUUGAAUAAAUGCAGCACUUGCUUGUGACUGAUACACCAAGAAUGCCGCUGUGGAUCUUGGCAGUUCUGACUAUUCCCGCCUAUUUUACAUCAGCUUCAAACAGCAAACCAUUCUGGGGUCUGGAAAAUGAGGCUUUAGUUGUGAAAUGUCCGUUAUCUGGGGAAAAUAGUCACCAAGUGGAUUGGUACCACUCAGUAACUAACCAAAAAAUUUCUACUGAGAAAGGAAGUCGUGUAUUUUCCUCAAGAUAUCUUAAGUUUCUGCCGGCCCAAAUCAGCGAUUCCGGAAUUUAUACUUGUGUUAUCCAAAGCCCCACUUUCAACGGUACAAAAUAUGUUAAUGUCACCAUAUAUAAAAGGCAACCAGAUUGCAGAAUUCCAGAUGAUUUUAUGUAUACAACAGUAGAUGCAUCAGAAAAAAAUCCCCGAAUAAAUUGUCCUAGAUCUGAAUUCUACAAUUGGACAGCACCUCUUGAGUGGUUUAAGAACUGUAAAGCCCUGACUGGAUCAAGAUACAACGUGUACAGCUCAUAUUUGCUCAUUCAAAAUUUGACAAGUGACGAUGCUGGGGAUUACACGUGUAAACUUUUGCACAAUGAAAAUGGAGCCAAUUAUACCGUGACAGCCACCAGGUCUCUUUAUGUGAAGGAAAUUCAAGGCUUUCCUUUGUUUCCAGUGAUUAGAGCUCCUCCAAACAACGAAACGAAAGAAGUUGAACUAGGAGAAACAACAAACCUAACUUGCCACGCUUGUUUUGGGAAAGGCAUUCAGAAGGAUACUAUGGUCCAGUGGCGCAUCAAUGGAUUUAAAGUGGAAAAUUUUAGUGAAGUAAGAAUCCAAGAGGUAGAAAGAUCAAACGAAAGCAAUGAAAUGGCCUGUCUCAGUGUGGUCUUGAGAAUAACUGAUGUCAAGGAGACAGAUUUAUCACUGACUUUUGACUGUAUUGCCCUGAAUCGUGCUGGUAUAAGAAUUCACACUGCAAAAUUAAGAAGGAAAAAGCCAACCAAUCAUCAGAGCACCUACUAUCUAGUUGCGGGGUGUAGUACGUUGUUAAUGCUAAUAACUUUCUCGGUGGUUAUGCUAAAAGUCUUCUGGAUUGAGGUGAUUCUUCUCUGGAGAGAUACAUUUAGACCAUACAAAACUAGGAAUGAUGGAAAGCUCUAUGAUGCUUACAUUAUAUAUCCACGUAACUACCGGUAUUGCUCAGAAGAGGCCAGCUCCAUGGAAAAUUUUGUUCAUCAGAUCUUGCCUGACAUUCUUGAGAAUAAAUGCGGAUAUAACUUAUGCAUUUAUGGGAGAGAUCUGCUACCUGGAGAAGAUGCAGCCAUAGCAGUGGAAUCCAGCAUACAGAAGAGCAGGCGGCACAUUUUCAUCCUGACUCCUCUUAUCGUGCACAGUAAAGAGUUUGCCUAUGAGCAGGAGAUCGCCCUGCACAGCACCCUCAUCCAGAAUGACUCCAAGGCUAUUCUUAUUGAAAUGCAGGCUCUGGGUGAGUCAGACGUACAGCAGGCUGUGGAACUGCAGGACUCCCUCAAGCACCUGAUGAAAGUGCAGGGAACCAUCAAGUGGAAGGAAGACCAUGCUGCUAAGAAACAACCUCUCAAGUCCAAGUUUUGGAAGCAUGUCCGGUACCAAAUGCCUGUGCCAAGUAAAUUGCCCAGUUAGACUUUCAGGAGAAUUUCCUGAGGUGUCCAGGGCAACAGGGUUUGCUUUCAUGAAUGGAUGCUUCCGAGUCCGAGAACUCGGUGUUUUUUUUUUUU